CAGCCAUUAAAAUAUUAGUAACACUUUUAUCACUCAUAUUUGUAUAUUAUUUGCAAAAUGUAAAAUAGUUUUUCAGUAAAAGUGCGAUCAUUAAUAAAAAUAAUUGGUUUCAAGUUCAUUAUAAGACGAGUGUUAUGUAUUUAAUUUCGCAUUUUGCAAUUAAUUUUUUAUUCUACGGCUAUACAGCUUAACUUUGAUUCUUAUCGUUAAGAGCGCAACAACAAAAUCGUGUUAAUAAUAAAAUCAUAAGCGAAUGUUAUGCCAUUCAUUAUUCAUGUUAUUUUCAAUAUUCUCAAUCAUAGCAAUAUCUUUGAUUAAACGUACUGAUCCGCCUAAAUUAUUUCCAUAUUGGAAAGAAAAGUUGAACAAUUUGUUGACUGCUUGACACAAAAUAAAGUGAUUGGUUGACAGAUACUCUAAACAUUUUGUUUACAAUUUCAAAUAUUGCCUAAAUUAAGAAAUUCAGAACUCUAAAAGUAAAAAUUUGAAGAUGAAAUCUAUUUCUAAUAAGCAUGAUACUACUACUGGGAUUGCUGGCAGUGAUAAUACUGGGAAUACCGCAUCAGCAAAAAAAGGCAAUGGAAACGGCACAAUCGAGGAAGAAUAUAAAAGUAUCGCUGAUCGGCAUGGUUGGCAUAGGUUUUAUCAGGAAAUUCGGGAUCAUUGUGAACGUGAAGCUAGCGAAAAACAAUUUGGGACUCUUGAAUCGGAAAAGCCAUACAACCGAUGUUUGAACAGAUACAGAGAUGUAAAUCCAUACGAUCAUUCACGCAUCAUCAUCCAUAGGGGUAGUGUAGACUAUAUUAAUGCAAACCUUGUUAAGCUCGAACAUGCUGAUCGAAAAUACAUUCUAACACAAGGGCCGCUCAUCGACACGGUUGGUCACUUUUGGCUCAUGGUAUGGGAGCAGAAUUCUAAAGCCAUUCUUAUGCUAAAUAAAUUAAUGGAAAAGAAACAAGUCAAAUGUCAUCUCUAUUGGCCAGAUAGGAAGGGUCCUGAAAACGCCUUGAAAUUGGAUGAAGUUGAUUUAAGCGUUGAGUUCCUUCGCUGCGAAGAAUAUCAAAACUAUUGUCGGAGAUGGUUUAAAUUAACAGAUCAUGAAUCUAACACAAGCCGAGAAAUAUUACAAUUUCACUACACAACUUGGCCAGAUUUCGGAAUCCCUAGCUCCCCUGUAGCGUUUUUACAAUUUCUGAAACAGGUGAGAGACUCGGGCGCACUCGAUGCGGAUGUUGGACCUGCAGUAGUACACUGCAGUGCUGGUAUUGGUCGGUCUGGUACUUUUUGCUUAGUUGAUUGCUGUCUAGUCUUGAUCGAAAAAGAAGGCGAAAAUAACGUAUCUGUACAAGAUGUACUCUAUGAAUUGCGUAGAUAUCGUAUGGGUUUGAUACAAACUGCUGAUCAAUUAUAUUUCUCAUAUAGAGCUGUUAUAGAGGGAAUAAAAUUGCUCAAAGAUUCAGAAUUUCAAAAUUAUAAGGAGGAACCAAUUACUAGUACAGAUAAUCAACAUGAAUAUGACCAAGCAGGUGUAAUUUCUGAAAACGACGUACCACCGCCUUUACCACCUCGUAUACAUUCCCUUACACUGCCAAUAGCCGGUUGCGCUUUUAAUGCUCAAACAUUGCAUUUGCAUGGAAAGCCCUUGCCAAACAUACCAACUAGUGAAAGCUUUAACGACGAUUUAUACGCUAUCACUGACAAUGCAAAGCAUAACAGCAAAGAUGCGUUGAAUAACUUAAUAAACAUCGAAAAAACUGCUAACAGUAUAACAAACCGACCGUUGCCUCCUUUGCCACAGCAGACACAGGCUCGACUUACUGAAUCUUCCUUACAACGAGUUCAUGAAUCAGAAAGUGAUGAAAAUGAAUGUCUGAACGAUGAUGAAAGUGAGGAUGAUCUUGAUGACAAACUUGGAGAACAGAAAAACGACAUGUUGGGCGACGAUAAGAAAAAUGCUAAUUUUAGUAACCAAUCCAGCUUAACUAAUGAACAGAUCAACCAUAGCAUUAGCGCUGAAAAUCAGCAAUUAAAUGAAAUGAAAUCAAACUGUGCCGGAGUUUCAAAUAGCAAUCCGUGUACAGUCGGAAUUCUCGAAAAUGAGUUGAAACGACGGAAACGGGUCGAGCGACAAGCCAACAUUGAACAAAAAGUGAACGAGAUCAAGCGAAAACAACAAGAAUCGGAGGAAAGCAAACGUACGGCGAAGAAACGAAGGAUAACAAGCGUAACCAAAAUUGGACUACCAGAGAGCAUUGUUUAUAAGAAUUUAUAAACUGUCACACAAAUGUGAAAUAGUUUGCAAAUGGCCAAGAAGAAAAAAUAUGCUAAAUUUCAAGCAUUGUGAUUUGGAAAAGAUUUUAUGUAGAUGAAAAUGGAAGUUCGAAAGGCGACUCUAAUAGCAAACAUUUAUAUCAUCAACAAGCAAUGCCAUGUAAUUAGAAAUCCUUUUCGGUCAUGAGCUGCUGCCCUCUGAUAUUUAUCGGUUCUUCUAUUUUUAAAAUUUAAAAAAGCUUCUGUUGCUUUAUCUAACCUUUAAUCUAAAAAAGUAUUUCCUUUAAAAUGCUUAAACAGAGAUUUAACAUGUCGAGUACUCCAUAAAUUUCUUUAAUAUAUGAUGUGUUUACCAUUAAUUAAAUUUCACAGAGUUAGCAACAGCAUUUCCUCAUUCUAACUUUGGAGCGGACUCUAAGCGGUAAAACCGACUAAAGUUAAGUUAAAAUGUACUCUUAUUUGGAAUAUGCUCUAAUUUUUUUAUAGGAGGCUCUAAUUAGACUAUGAAUAUGACCUAUAUAUCCAUAUCAGUAUCACUCAAUAUAGACAUAAAAUAAUUUUUUAAUUAGUUUAAAUCAAAAUUAAAAAAAAUAUAUUUAAAUGAAAUUAAAAUCUUGUAGUCGGAAUGGAUUAGUGUUUGAGGAAGAUUAAUGACUGGUGAACGCAUUUAGAGAAACUACUUAAUUGCGUCUGAAUAAAAAGAACAAAUCAAAAGGAAA